CCGCUAGGGUUUUACCCUCCCCGCGAUGGCGACCGCCGCCGCCGCCGCCGCAGCCGCGCGGAGGCUCCUCUCCCGCCGCGCCUCCUCCUUCUCGGCCUCCUCCGCCCUCCUCCGCCGCGGCCCCGCGGUGGCGGAGUCGCUGCUGCGCCCGGCCGCCGUGGCCGCCCGCGUCGGCUUCCUCCGCGGGUUUGCGCGGCGGCCGGGGGGAGACGGGUACUCCCCGAUGCGCUCCGGUGGAGGCGGCGACCGCGCGCCGACGGAGAUGGCCCCGCUGUUUCCCGGGUGCGACUACGAGCACUGGCUCAUCGUGAUGGACAAGCCGGGCGGGGAGGGCGCCACCAAGCAGCAGAUGAUUGACUGCUACAUCCAGACCCUCGCCAAGGUUCUCGGAAGUGAGGAGGAGGCGAAGAAGAAGAUCUACAACGUUUCCUGCGAGAGAUACUUUGGCUUUGGGUGCGAGAUCGAUGAGGAGACGUCCAACAAGCUGGAAGGGCUACCUGGUGUUCUGUUCGUGCUCCCAGAUUCCUAUGUUGAUCCUGAGCACAAGGACUAUGGAGCUGAGCUCUUUGUUAAUGGAGAGAUUAUUCAGAGGUCUCCGGAGAGGCAGAGGCGGGUAGAACCUGUGCCACAGAGAGCAUCAGAUAGGCCUCGGUACAAUGACAGGACCCGAUACGCCCGGAGGAGGGAGAACCAACGAUGAUCUGAUGAUCAGAUGCCAAAUAACAAGGCCUGGUUGGCUUGACGCCACCUCAGUCUAGAAACCAUGGUAGCAUCUAUUGAAUGGAACGAUCUACGAAUUGCUUGUUCACAAACAUCAUGGAAUCUUAAAGAGUCUGUCGCUGGUAUUUCUAUCGUUUUUAUGCUGGUGAUUCGCACAUCAUGGAUGUAUGGCAUUCUGUAAUUACUGGAGAACUUGGAAAGCACCUGGCUUGGAAUGCAUUGCUGCUGAUGAACCCUGCAGCUCUAUGCACACAUGUAAAUCAGUUUGAUGAUUUUCACUGUGACCUCCAUUUAUUAUCUAAUCUGAAAUACGUUGUGAUUCA